AUGUUGACCGUUGGUCAUCGGGGUGCGCGCGCGGCCAUACGAUCCGAUGCUUCUUCUGUGAUCGGUGCUGAAGCAUUUUUUUUUCAGGACGACGACAAUGAAGGAUUGGCGGUUCAUGGUUUGAUCUGCCAUAUCUUAUCCGACGGAUAUUACCUUCAGCGACUUCCGGUGUCGGCUGACGACGUGCCUAUCGAAAGCCCUCAUCGAAUCACGUAUGAGAACAUGCAUCGUAGUCACCCCCUCGAUUCGUCGUCGAUCGUCAACUCGCACGAUACUAUGAUUCUGCGACAACUCACCGUUAUCCUGCUCCUCGUCCUUGCCUUGCGCAGGACAUACACUCUGGAUGUUAGUCACGUGACCACGACGACGAUGACCACUGGUCCAUCAGCUGACGGCUUAAAGCGGGACAUGUAA